GCGCCCGCCCGCGGGGAGGGGCCUUCACCCCGGCCGCGCCAUGGCGCCGCCGAGCGCUCCGUGUCCUCCCUGCUGUGUCACCUCUGCCGUGCCCUCUCUGUCCUGCCCCUGUGCCAUGUGCCCUCUGCCCUGUCCCCUCUGCCCUGCGCGGCCUUCCGAACCUGGGCAGCGACAAGCGGGGCCUGUCCUGGUACCUCGGCAGCCCGGCGCUGGCUGAGCAGAGCCCCCGGAGAGUCCACGUGACAGUCAAGUAAAAAGUACCUCAAGUACCUUAACAAGUAUCUGAAAGCAAUUUGAAAAUCAAGUGCUCAUCCUUAUCAGCAUUUUUCCUGUGUCUUGGACUGCAGUGGGUUUGCAGUGUGGCUGCUUCCAUCACUGCACUGCAGGAAACAGUAGAGAAUGUCUUUUCGUGGAAGAGGAGGUGGAGGAGGAAGAGGAGGUGGCUUCAGCCGUGGAGGAGGUGGCGGUGACAGAGGUGGCUUUAACCGUGGUGGGCGAGGUGGCUUUGGACGGGGAGGUGGAAGAGGAGGCUUCAACAGAGGAGGAUAUGACCAGGGCCCUCCAGAAAGGGUAGUUUUGUUGGGAGAGUUCAUGCAUCCCUGUGAAGAUGACAUAGUUUGUAAAUGUAAAACAGAAGAAAACAAGGUGCCUUAUUUCAAUGCCCCAGUGUACCUGGAUAAUAAGGAGCAGAUUGGCAAAGUGGAUGAAAUAUUUGGACAGCUGAGAGACUUUUAUUUUUCAGUGAAACUGUCUGAGAACAUGAAAGCCUCUUCAUUUAAAAAAAUGCAAAAGUUUUAUAUUGAUCCAGCAAAGCUGCUACCUCUUCAGAGAUUUUUGCCAAGGCCCCCUGGAGAAAAAGGUGCUCCCAGAGGAGGUGGUAGAGGAGGACGUGGUGGUGGACGUGGGGGAGGAAGAGGCGGUGGUAGAGGAGGAUUCGGAGGAGGCAGAGGUGGAGGAAGAGGAGGAGGAUUCAGAGGAGGUAGAGGUGGAGGAGGAGGAGGAUUCAGAGGAGGAAGAGGUGGUGGAGGAGGCUUUCGGGGAAGAGGACAUUAAAAAUGGAACCAUGAUAUCUCCUCAUUGUCUCGUCAUGUCAUCUGCAGAAGCAAAGAACCAAGAAGCAAAGAACAAAAUUUUUUGUAAAGGACCUUGAAAAUCUUUUUAUAGAGAACUUGAAGCUACAAAUGACAAUUAUUUUUACACUUAAUGGAUGCAUGAGGAGAGUGUAGCCGCAGGUGAAGAGCUGAAGACUGCUCAGAAUAUGUAAAUGUUUCUAACUGAGCCACGAUUCAAUGUUAUUCUUAAACUGUUUGUUUCUGACAAGCAGUGCAGUCAAUGCUUAACUCCAUGUUGGAGUUUGGAGUAAACAAUCAGUUGAAAUGAGUUUCAAAAGACCCUGCAGGUUCACUGCAUGCACAUGCUUCAGUGUGAACCUGUGCAUGACUGAUCCCUGGUUCUCAUCCUCCUUUUAUAUCGAAUCUUCUGGGCUGCUCUGAAAUGGACAUGCCAUUUAAACAACCUUUGUGAACCUUUUUUUAUAAAUUAAAUUUCAAACUUUUGUGUUGAUAUCUUUUUAAAUGCACAAUUAUGUCUAAGAGAGAAGACAGCAGAGUAUAUUUUGUGAAUUUUUCUGUAUAAAUAUUAAUGAAAGCCAAAGGCAUUAAGACACUCUUAGAAGGUGCUGUCUAAUGAACAAGACAAGAUUAAUACUAUACUUCAGUCAUCUAAUGGUAUCUAAUUACACUGAUAUUAAAAUGCUAAAGUUUUUUAAUUGG